GGUCUGCCCCACGGGUAAACUUAAGCAGAGGUUACCUGCAGGAAACUGUACACUAGAAUUCCCUGUGACCAUGAAGCUUUGGAGUGGAGAACUGUGGCUAAGCUACGAGCUUGCGCUUCGCCCCUUGACUUUAGUUUUCUGGGGCAUUCUUGGGGCCAGGGCGUUGGACAAUGGCUUGGCAAGGACUCCUACUAUGGGCUGGCUGCACUGGGAGCGUUUCGUGUGCAACCUUGACUGCCAGGAAGAGCCUGACUCCUGCAUCAGUGAGCAGCUCUUCAUGCAGAUGGCAGAGCUCAUGGUCUCCGAUGGCUGGAAGGAUGCAGGUUAUGAAUACCUCUGCAUAGAUGACUGUUGGAUGGCUCCUGAAAGGGAUUCACAAGGCCGACUUCAGGCAGACCCCAAGCGCUUUCCUGGUGGCAUCCGCCACCUAGCUAAUUAUGUCCACAGCAAAGGACUAAAGCUAGGCAUUUAUGCAGAUGUUGGAAAUAAAACCUGUGCAGGCUUCCCUGGGAGUUUUGGAUACUAUGAUAUUGAUGCCCAGACCUUUGCUGACUGGGGUGUAGAUCUGCUAAAAUUUGAUGGCUGUUACUGUGACAGUGUGAAAAGUUUGGUAAAUGGUUAUAAGUACAUGUCCUUGGCCCUGAACAGAACUGGCAGAAGCAUUGUAUACUCCUGUGAGUGGCCUCUUUAUUUGAGGCCUUUUCAUAAGCCCAAUUACACAGAUAUACAACAGUACUGCAAUCACUGGAGAAAUUUUGAUGAUGUUUAUGAUUCCUGGGGAAGCAUAAAGAAUAUCUUGUCCUGGACAACAACUAACCAAAAGGAAAUUGUUGAUGUCGCUGGACCAGGGGGUUGGAAUGACCCAGAUAUGUUAGUGAUUGGCAACUUUGGGCUCAGCUGGGAUCAGCAAGUGACACAGAUGGCCCUCUGGGCUAUCAUGGCAGCUCCUCUGCUCAUGUCCAAUGAUCUCCGACAAAUCAGCCCUCAAGCCAAAGCUCUGCUUCAGGAUAAGGAUGUAAUCGCCAUCAACCAAGACCCCUUGGGCAAGCAGGGAUACUAUCUUAGAACUGAAAACAGCAUUGAAGUUUGGGAACGACCUCUCUCAAACUUAUCCUGGGCUGUAGCUGUGAGAAACCUGAAAGAAAUUGGUGGACCCUGUUCUUAUACCAUCAAAGUUGCCUCCCUGGGCCUAGGAGUAGCCUGCAAUCCUGGCUGCUUUGUCACACAGCUCCUCCCCCAGAAAAUCAAGCUUGGCUUCCACGAAUGGACUUCAACCUUAAAAACUCAAAUAAAUCCCUCAGGGACUGUUUUGCUUCGGCUAGAACAAGCCUGAAUAUCUAAAAGCAAAAGUGGGCUGGACAUGGUGGUACACACAUUUAACCCCAGCAGUCCGGAAGCAGGAACAAGAAAAACAAAACAAACAAAACAAAACUCUAUUUCCUUAAAGUUUCCCAAAGUCAGAACUUUAAAAACCUACUUCUAGAGGUAAGUUUUUGUAAAGGCUUUUGAAACUAGUUGACCAUUUCUGUGCCAGACACUGUAAAAGAUGCUUCAGGUGUACUGGCUCAUUUUAGAGCCAAGCUGUCAACCAUACACAGCCUAGUGAGGUGCUUCGGUGGCUUGCUUACAGCCUUAGUCCAUAGGGAAAAUGAAACCAGCUUCCUCAAAGGAUCCAACAAAUACCAGGUGGGAAGAAAUUUGACAAUCUCAGAUGCUUUGGUUGCCUGUCACCUAGAGCUAACAAAUGCAGAGGAGCUUACUUUCACCAAGGGUAACUGGAUAAAUCAUGACCUAAGAUGCCAAAGAACCUCCCUACAUUAGAUGAACUGUCCUGUUUGGGGCUCUACAGUGGAAACAGUGAUCUUCAAACUGGGGUAUUCAGGCAUAGCUAAUUUCAAGCAACAUUCUGGUUUCCCACUUUUUCUACAACUGAUUGUGAGAACAAGCUGGUAGUCAAGGCUUCAAAGUUCCUUUACCAUCCUCAUUUAUACUCCCCUUCUCACCGAGUGUGGUGACCCAUACAUAUAAUCCCAGCAUUCAGCAGGACUGCAGAGUUUGAGAGACCAGUUUGGGAUAUAUAGCAAAAGCCUACGUCAAAAAAAUUUUUAAAGUUCAUGAGGAAAAAGUACACGCCCAAUAUCCUGAAUGUACACAGAACAGUACAAAAAGGCCGAUUACAAACUGAAGGAGGAUGGGUAAUUUUCAGAGAAAUUGGAAGAUUCAAGUUGAUCAAUAAAGAAGUAAAUUGUUGGGGAUGGAUUCGGUGAGAGAAGAGGAUAAUGGGGAAGUGAUCAAAGUAUAUAAACAUAAAGUUGUAAACAUUUUUUAAAAUAGGAACUAGAUGUGUAUCAAUUUCUAGCAUUCAGGAUGUUGAGACAGGACUGAGUUCAAGGCCAGCCAGCCUGAGCUAGAUUACAAGUAAAAUUUCGGGGCUGGACAGAUGGGUCAGUGGCUGUUCCUACAAAUGACCUGAGUUUAGUUCCCAGCACCCACAUGCCUGCUAACAAGCCUGUGACUCAAGUUUCAGGGAUCCAAAGCCCUCCUUUGGCUUCCAAUGAUAUUGCAUGCAUGGGCAUAUAUGUAUGUG